AUGUCAAGAGACACCAUCCCUGAAGAGACGAAUAGUACCGACGUUGCGUCUUACCUUAUCUCUGCCCUCGAUGUCUCCGCAGGCGACCUGGCCGGCGCACUGGAUUUGGAGCCAGCGGCCGAGCUCAUCCCAUUCAGACCUUUCACUUCCCCCUCCAGAAAUCCCCGCAAAAUCGAGAUCCGAUCAAUGGCAGUUUCUGAUGGCGAAUUGGAGAGACGAAAGCAAGCUGUUAUGCGUCCCUCCCGCGCACAAUCGUUGCAGAUUGGCAGGAUUGAAGGCUAUGGGGGUAAGGUUCUGGAAUUAGAAAAGGCUCUGAGAGACUCCAAGGAGCGUUCUAUGCAGAAAGAGUAUGUUUUGCGACAGGAGGUACGAUACAAGGAGCAAGAUCUUGAACGUGUUCUCAGAGAGAUGGAGCAGUUGAAGACGUCUUCUGCGGCGGAUAAUGGGGCAAAGGCACAGCAACAAGCUGAGAUGGAUCGUAUCCUUAGGGAGAAUGAGGAGCUGAAGAGCAUUGCAAAUGCAAACACGGAUUCGAACACUGAGCGACAGGCCGAAUUGAAGCGACUUCAUAAGGAGAAUGAAGAGCUCAAGCAGUCUGUGGCGGCGGACGAGGGACGCCGCGGAGAUCUGCAGUCAGAGCUUGAGCGGGCUCUGAAGGAGAACGAAGAGCUUAGAAAGGCCGCCGCAGUAGAACAAGAGACAAAUGACUCUCGACAGACCGAGCUUGAACGCGCGCUCAAAGAGAUCGAAGAGCUGAAGAAAGUUGCAACAAGCGGCGAUGAAGCGAAGGCCAGCCAGCAGCUCAGAUCUGAGCGCGCACUACAAGAGCAUGAGCAGCUAAAGAAGGCUGCGGCAGUGGAAACCGAAUCAACCGCACAGCAAAAGGCUGAGAUCGAGCGUCUCCUGAACGAGAAUGAAGAGCUCAGGCGCAGCGCUACCGCAGACAGCGAAUCUACGGGUCAAAAAGCAGCCGAUCUUGAGAAUGCUCGCAAAGAGAUAGAGGAGCUGAAGAAGGCCAAUGCUGAAGCUGAUGGGGCUAGAGAGCGACUUGAAGCUGAGGUUGCAAAUCACAAUGCUGAGAAAGAACAAGCACAGGAAGGUCACAAACGUGCACAAAAAGACCUAGAGACGACUCGUGCUGAGAUCGAAUUGCUGAAGGGCGCAGCCAAUGAGUACGACGAGUCCAGAUCGCAGAAGGAGGCCGAAGUCGAGCGGAUCACAAAGGAGAUUGAGGAGUUGAAGAAGCGUGUUGAAGAUGCAGACGAGGCGAAUAGAAGGCUGGAAGCAGACAUUGAGACGUAUGCGUCCGAUAAAGAGCAGAAUGUACGAGAGCAAAGCCGUGCCCAGCAAGACCUGGAAAGGGCUUUGCAAGAGAUCGAAGAGCUGAAGAGCUCCAGAGUCGCGGAUGUGAAGUCCAGCACAGAAUUGCAAGCCGAGCUUGCGCACUCUCAGCAGGCUGCCGAUGAGGCCAAGAAGAGUCUUCAGGAUGAGCUCCGCAGUGCUCAGAAAGAGAUUGAAGAGCUCAAGGCGUCGGCGGCUUCAGCUGUGGAGUCCAAGACCGAAGUGCAAGCAAGGGCAGAUAGGGCUGAGCAGGAGCUAUCCGAAUCCCAACAAGAACUGGGGCGGCUCAGAACGGCUGAAGCUACCGCUGCUCAGUUACACUCAGCCCUGCAGGGCGAAUUGCAAAGUCACAAGCAGGCUACAGAGGCCGCCGGACAAGAGCUGAAAGAACUGAAAGCAUUCGGAUCAGCCUCCUCUGAAAAUGCCGCCCGCCUGCAAGAAGAAGUCAAUCGGCUCCAAAAGUCAGAGGCUCGUGCCAUUGAAUCAAAUUCACAGUUGGAAAGCGAACUGGCGACCCUCAAAUCGGCGACGGAAUCAUCACGAAAGGAUUUAGAGGAGCUUAAGGCCGUGAAGUCGGUGUCUGACGCGUCCGUCGGUCAUUUACAGAAUGAAACCAAGCAGCUCAAAGCAAAAGCCCUUGAGGCGGACAAAUUAAAAGACGCCUUGCAGUCAAAGGUCGAAACGCACAGCAAGGAGGCUGCCGAACUUAACCAGAAGCUUCAGCAACUGCAAAACGAACUACGGGAGGCCAAGUCCGCAACUGCUGCGGCAGAGGCAUCUCACAAGGCGCUUGAAGAGCAGAUGGUAUCGCAGCGGCAAGAGACUGGAGAUCAAAGCCAGGAGCUUGAAGACUUGAGACAAGAAGCACAACAAGCAAAGGCCUCAGCGGCAGCAGCAGAGGCGAGUGAGAAAAUGCUGCAGGAUCAGCUCAAUGAUACUCGGUCAGAGCUCGAGCAGUCGAAGCAGGCGAUAGCAACAGCCACCCAAAGUAUGCAACAGCUGCGAGGAGAAAUUGAUCUACUAAAGAAAGAAGCAGAGACCGCUGUAACAAAUGCUGGGGAUGCGAGGCGCGAACUCGAGCAAGCAGAAACUCGCGCGAACGAAGCAGAGACUUCCAAUCAGCGACUGCAAGAGCAGCUAUUGGAGACUGAACAGGCGCUCGAGGAAUAUAAAUCCUCGGCUGCAACAGAAGAGAGCAAGGCUGAGAGACUCAAGGCUGAAGUAGAAGCCGCCCAUGCCAUGGCAGAAGAAACGAACAAGCAGUUGCAGGGGAAAUUGUCGGAAGCGCAACGUGCCUUAGAGGAAGCAAAUGCAACUGCCUCGUCGGCUGCGCUCUCAACCCAGAGCGAACAUGAAUCCCUCAGAGCUGAACUUGAAGCCGUCAAAUCAAAGAUAAAAGAGGCUGAAACAGCUCGUCAAGAUGCUGACUCUAACGUUGCCGUAGCGGAGGAAGAGAACGAGAGAUUGCAACAGCAGCUAUCUGAGAUUCAACAGUUCUUGGAAGAGACUAGAAGUACAGCGGCUGCUGCCGAGGGAUCGAGCAAGGCGUUGCAGGAUGAGAUUGAAUCUUACCGACAAGCAAAGAACAGUCUCAACAAAGUCAUUGAAGAACUGCAAGACGAAGUGACGGAGGCCAAGGCAUCUGCAGAGGCUGUAGAAGCCUCUCGUAAGAUCCUUCAAGAAGAACUUGACCGUUCGCAGCAGGCUCUUGAGGAGCUUAGGGCCUCUGCCGCCACCGGCCAAGAAUCGAGCAAGUUGCUUGAACAGCUCACUCAGUCUCAACGUGAGCUUGAGGAAUUACAACACACUACUCAAGCGGCCGACGGCAUCACGAAAGCGCUGCAGGAUGAGAUUGAGUCGCGGAGGCAGAAAGCAGACAACCUCACGAACACGAAUGAAAUCCUGCAAAGGGAGCUAGCCGACCUUCAACAAGUGUUGCAAAACGAGCGAGACGAGAAGAACGCACGCAUCGCCGGUCUAACGGAUUCGCUAUUCAAAGCGCAGGCAGAAUACAGCGCAUCUGGUCAAGCUGCCGGAGAGUCAGCACUCGCGCUGCAGAGUAAGCUCAAUCAACAUAAGCACGAGAACGACGGCCUUACAAAGACUUUGGAAGCAUUGCAGAAUGAGUUCGCCAAAGUCCGAGCUGAGCUAGAAGGCAUUCAGGGCUCACGAGAAAAUUUCGAGAGGACAGCUAGAGAGAAAGAUAGCCGCAUUGAAGAGUUGGCAUCCUUUGUCGCUGCGGCUCACGCGGGUAAAGGCGCGGCGGAAGACGAGCUCAACAAGCUGCGCAUCGAGGCGGGAGGUCUUCGUAUUGCACUGAACACUUUUGAGGCAGGUGCAGCAAUGAAAGACCGGCGGAUUGAGGAGCUUGAAGGGGCCGUGAACACCGCUCGUGGCGAGAACACGAUCGUAAACAAGUCCCUAUUGGAGAUUCAGGGCGAGCUGAACCAGCUCAGCAACAGUCUCUCAUCGUCGGUGCAAGACCACCACGGCAAAGACCGGCGAAUCCAAGACCUCAUUGCAGAGGUGGCGGUCUCGCGUAAUAACAGCCAGCAAAGUUGGCGUGGCGAUGACCAGCGUGUUGAAGAGCUGGAAGCCGAGCUGGCGCAUGUGAGAGCUGAGAAGGAAAUGGCAGAAGGAUCUCUUUCGAGAGCUCGGGGGGAGCUAAUGCGUCUACACGGUACUGCCGACACCUUCCAGAUCCAGCAGCAAUUCGAGGAGCCUCCGAGUGGCUUGGAUCAUGUCCUCAUCAACCGUGUUGAAACAUCACUGGCUUAUACAGACGCCGACCAAGACGAAGACCAAGACGACGAUGCAUACAGUGGGGCUUCUUACGCCCGAUCGGAUGACGAGAUGACUGAUCCCUUCAGCUAUCGCCCACGACAGCCUCCUCGACAGCGGUAUAUGCCCAAUGGAAACGAUCACUCGCUCGAAGAGGGAGAGGACGAAGAAGGCGGCCGGAUGACUUUGGAAGGGACAUUGGAAAGCCUCCGGCUGCAAACUGAGCAGUUGCUUGAGAUUAACAAUGAUUUUGCGGAGGAGCAGAGACGUUGGACGAGUAGACUCCUGAGUCGACGCGCCGCAAGUGCUGCUUUGUAG